AAUGAUUUGAUUGCAAUUAAAUGAAAAUAUUAAAAUAAACACGAUCCAAUAACAACAGAAGAAGAUGUCAUUAAUUAAACCCAACGAUAGAUGCAGGGCGUGUUUGAACGAAAGCAUUCCUCUGGUGGAAUUAAAUGCCUCUGUAAGUUUAUGUGAUAAGGAGAUGUUGUUAAUCGAGCUUCUAUCAAAUACUGCCAGUAUUGAGAUAUUCUCCAAUGAUGGGAAGCCACAGUCCAUAUGUAUUCAUUGCAUUACAGAUGCUCGAACUUGUUACAACUUUAGGAAAAGGUGUCAGGAUUCUGAUGUAUUAUUACAGCAGGAAUUGGAUAAUUGCACAGAAGAUAAUGCUACAAAUAUAUUAAUAAACCAAUCCAAAGUGAGUACGGAGCUUUUGCAAAUGAAUAUUGUAAAAAGUGAACAUGAAGAGAAAUUUUUUGAGGAGGAUACUAAAAAUAUGAAAGAUGAUAGUAUUGAUGAUACUGAGGAGAGCAGCUCUGUAAAAGAUGAAGUAUUGUCCGAAGAGGAAGUUAAACAUAUAAUUGAAGAUCAUAUGGUGACAAUUCCACAUAACUUUGAUGGAAAAGAAGUGGGAAGUGACUUAAAUUUUGAGAGCCAUUUGCAGAAAGGUAAAAGAGUGUUCCAUUGUGUGGUGUGCGGGAAAAUCUUCAAUACCAGAAGGCAUUAUACUAAGCACAAAAGGAUACAUGAACAGUGUUCUUGCGAUCAUUGUGAUUACUUUAAUGUGAAUCCAGUCUUGGUGCGCAGGCACAAGAUUAGUGUUCAUGCGGACAUGAGAAAUUUUGAUUGCACUGUUUGCAGUGAGAAGUUCUUCAAUGAGACUGAGCUAAAGAUCCAUAUGAAAUGUCACGCGUGCUUUCAAGACAAUUUAGAGGAUAAAAAUAAUCCGGAAUUAGGCGGUAAUAGCGAUGAGUAUGGACCAAUAGAAUCGAGGACGUGCAGUGAAUGCGGAAAGAUAUUUAAAUGUCGAUCGGAUAUGGUGAAACACCUGAAACAGCACAAAGUGUUAGAGAAUAAUUCGAAAAGGGGCAUCUGCGAGUACUGCGACUUCAUCAGCGAAACGUCCUACAUGCUUUUUAAGCACAAGGAAACUGUACAUGAUGAUCAACGAAAGGCCGUUUGCGAGGAAUGCGGUAAGAGGUUCUUCACGGAACAACGUUUAAGGGCGCACACGAAAAUCCACAAGGAAGUGAAGGAGUUCGUGUGCGAGGUUUGCGGUUGGGCGUUCAGAGACUACUGCAAUAUGAAGAUGCACAUGAGGGUUCACACUGGAGACAAACGUUACAAAUGCGAUCAUUGCUCAAAGAGUUUCUGUCAGAGUAACACUUUAAAAUCGCAUCUUAGAUCGCAUUCGGAUGUGAGGGAUCACAUUUGCUCGAAAUGCGGGAAAGGUUUCAAGGCGAAAAAAGACUUAAAUUUACAUUAUAUGAGGCACGAGAAAAUUAAACCGUACAAAUGCACCUUAUGCGAUUCCAGGUUUUUGACGAAAAACGAGAGAAGCAGACAUUUGGAAAUUCACGCUGGCGUGCGAAAUUUUAAAUGCGAGGUGUGUGGAAAAGCGUUCGGUAAGAAGUACACAUUGGAUGUUCACAUGAGGGUGCACACGAAAGAAACUCCUUAUAUUUGUCCUGUUUGUAAUAAAGGAUUCACACAAGCGCAAUCGCUUAGAGUUCAUUCCAAAACGCACGCGAGUAAGGAUAAUAAGGACAAUUAACAAAAAUAAUAACAUGAUAUAUGCACAAUAAAACCAAUAUCAUAGAUUCAUAAUUCAAUUUAACUUAUAAAGUGUAUUUCCAAAAGUUUCAUAACUUUCAUACAUACAUGCAGAAACUAUAAAAUUUACUUGGUCACAAUAAUAGUCUUAUGUAAAACAUUCUUAAUUAACUACAAUUUGUUCAAGUCCUUUCACCAAUAUAUUAACUACAUUGAAAUUUAUGUAAUUUUCGUGUUACACAGUAAUAAAGAAAAAUACAAAAUCAAAUUAUUAUUUCCUUAUAGUUGGUUUUAUAACAACUAGUAAAUCCUAGAUUUGAUCGAAGUUCUUUCUAAAUUAUAAAUCGUCGCAUAUUUAGGUACAUUAAAACACAAUAGUGAACAUUUCAGCUUUUGAAAAUCUAAAUAAUUAAAUGUUGCAGAUAUUAAUACUUUGAAACUGCACUUCUAUAAUUUGUUAAGGUAUAUGGUAUAUCAAUAUCCAUGUUUCUUCCCAACUUAGCCUAUGCACAAAGCAAUCAGUUUCUGUCGAAGAGUCGAAAUAAAUUACUUUAUGGUAUAUAAGUUGAAUAAAACAGUAAUUACCACGAAACAAAGAAAAUAUACUGAUUAUGUCGUAAAACUACUAAAAUAAUAAUACAGAAAAUGUCUUAAUUGGUAAAUAUCACACAUUCCAUAGGGAACUAUUCACACAUAUACAAGAGAAAAGUAAAUUUGAUUAGAAGAAGUAGAAGGUAUUCUUUUUCACAUAAUAUCGAGUUGUUUUUUUGAUUGUACAGUAUAUAUUUAUAAUCAUACA